AUGUACUACCCGGAGCUUGACGCGGAGAAUAUUUGGAGGGCUGAAGUGACUGAUAAAUCACUAUGGACAUCUCUGGCUCCAGAUAUGAAAGUUACAACUAAUUUUAUUGAUAGUAAAGAUAAAACUGUUACUGAUAGGCUUCUUGAUUCUGAGAACAUAGACUCUUCAACUUUUGGGACUUCUCCAGUCACUGAUUCAAAAGAUUUAAAGGGGAAAAGAGAUUUUACAACAGAUGUAGAAAGAUUUGGAGAUCAAGCUGCCAUGGUUGAUGAGAUUCAUAGACGAGGGAUGAAGUACAUUGUUAUAGUGGAUAUGAAUGAGAUAGCAGCAUUUGUUGAUGGUUCUAUAGAUGGAUGUCCUAUCUCACAGUAUGAUCAUCCUCCAUAUACACCAGGCUUUUUGUUUGUUAUAACUUUUUCUAUUAUUUUAUAUCUAAAAUAUUUCAGUGCAUUAAAAGAAUUACCAUCUGGGAAGAGGCCUUUCAUCAUUUCUAGGGCAACAUUUGCAGGUCAAGGUCAUUAUGGAGGUCACUGGACUGGAGAUAAUGUGGCAACAUUUCAUGAUUUAUACAGGUCUAUCUCUGCGAUAUUGACGAUGAAUCUAGCUGGUAUACCAAUGGUUGGUGCAGAUAUAUGUGGUUUUAAUGGCAACACUACAUAUGAGUUAUGUCUAAGAUGGUACCAACUUGGAGCAUUUUAUCCAUUUUCUCGCAGUCACAAUAGCGAUACAAUACUGAAAGACCAGGAUCCUGGGGCAUUUGAUGACUAUUUUGCUACAAGUGUUAGGGAUGUUUAUAUGAUAAGAUAUUCAUUAUUACCUUAUUUAUAUACACUGUUUUAUGAGAGCUACAAGAAUGGAACACCAGUUGCCAGGGCAAUGUUUUAUGAGUUUCCCAGUCAUAAAGACACAUACCAUAUUGAUAGUCAGUUUAUGUGGGGACCAGCUCUCCUUAUUGUUCCAGUGAUAACCAAGAAUUCCAGAAAAGUGGAGGCAUAUUUACCAGCUGAUAGUCUGUGGUACUCUUUUUACUCUGGAUUAAGAUUUAAGGGUAAAGGUGAAAAUAUCACACUAUCUGCACCGCUUAACAGUAUAAAUCUUCUUGUAAAAGGGGGAACCAUCAUACCAAUGCAGGAACCAGGUCUUACAACCUCUCAGAGUAUACAGAAUGAGUUUUCUUUGCUGGUGUCACUUGGUUUUAAUGGCACUGCCUGUGGUUCUUUAUACAAAGAUGAUGGAGAUUCUCAAAAAUCAUUGGAGGCAGAAAUACAUACAUUCAUCACAUUUCAUGUGUCAAAUAAACGUUUACAGUCCACAAUUGUAAAAGCAAGUUAUUUAUUCAAUACAAUGCUAAAGAACAUAACUAUAUUUGGAAUUGAUGCAACACCAGAGAAAGUGAUCAUGAAUGGAGCUUCUCAAGUAUUCAGUUAUAAUACGACUUUAAAGGUUUUAAAAGUACCUUCCUUGAAUCCUAAAGUGUUUAUGAUGAAACCAUUUGUACUGGAUUGGAUGUAAACAGUGUAUCCAAGUGUGUAAUUUGAUAAUCAGAGAUCUGUGAUAGAAAUAACAUUAAACAUUUUAUUUCAUAAUUUUGUUAACAAAAAUUGCUUUGGGGCCAUUCUAUUUCUUCAUAAGAGAAAAAAACUGAAUUACAUGGAAUGAUUGAUUGUUUACAGUUGUAUAUGGUUUAACAUUAAAUAAGGGUUGUUUUAUCAGUUGUGUUAUAUGUAACAAUUUAGCAGCUUUUUUAAAUUAACCAUUUGUGAACAUUUAUUAUUUACUUAUUACAAUAGAAAUACUUGUGUUCAACACAAUGCAUUAUUAAAUUUGCAAAAUUUAUGAAAAUAAUACUUUUAAGCUCAUUUGAGAACAGAGGUUAGCAUUUCUGAUUGCCGUCCAUUCUUAGUUGUCUGCAUCAGCCAUGUAGCAAUCCACCUACAUCUUCUUAACCACCAGUAGAUUUUGACCAAACUUCACAAGUGAUGUUUAGUAGGCUCUCUUGGUGAGCAAUCUGGGAUCAUCAUGACCCACUUCUUUCUAUCUUUAUAUUUAAUUUGUCGUAAAUUGCAGAUAGCAAGCCAAUGCUCAUACUUCAUAUGUAUAUAAUGUAUAUGUUCACUUAUUUUUAGUCCCCUACCGGUUUAACCGGAGGGGACUUUAGGUUUACCCUCCGUCCGUCUGUCCGUCCGUCUGUCUGUCAGUCCGUCCGUCCACAAAACUGGAUCCCGGGACAACGCAAAAAGUACUGAAAAUAUUUUUAUGAAACUUGAUAUAUGGAUAGAUGGCAGUAUGGAGAUUAUGCACGUCUUUUUUUUUUCUUCCUAUGUUGAAAAUUCUGGUUGCUAUGGCAACAAAUAGUCUGAAAAUAUGGCAAAUUUAACACAUAAACUGGAUCCAGUGAUAACUCAAAAAGUACUGAAAAUAUUUUUAUGAAACUUGAAAUAUGGGUAGAUGGCAGUCUGGAGAUUAUGCACAUCUUUUUUUUCUUCCUAUGUUGAAAAUUCUGGUUGCUAUGGCAACAAAUAGCCUGAAUUUCAAGAUUUUCUGAUUUAAAUUUUUCAGCUUUUUCACUAUAUGUUCUUUAUUUCUUAAGGUGUUUACUUCAAACUUUAAAUAUAAGUUUCUGGUCAUCAACCACAUCAUAUGUGACAAGGUUUAUAACUCUAGCACAAAAAAUAUCAGUAUUACCUCCCUUGAACUUAGAUUUUUUAGGGGAAAAAAAUGUUGUCUUUUUAGCUCGACUUUUCUAUGAAAAGGGGAGCUAUCCUACUCGCCCCGGCGUCGGCGUCGGCGUUGGCGUCACACCUUGGUUAAGUUUUUCGUACCACCCCACUUUAUUUCAGAAGUAUUACAAGUAUGGCUUUGAAACUUACCAUACUUGUUCACCAUCAUAACCUCCAUCUACAGACAAGAGUACAUAACUCUGUCAAGGUUUUUGACAGAAUUAUGGCCCUUUUUUGACUUAGAAAGUGUAUUGAGCUUGGUUAAGUUUUUUGUACCACCUCACUUUAUUUCAAAACCAUUGGAGGUAUUGCUUUGAAACUGACCAUACUUGUUUACCAUCACGACCUUCAUCAACAGACAAGAGGACAUAACUCUGUCAAGGUUUUUGACAGAAUUAUGGCCCUUUUUUGACUUAGAAAAUACAUUGAAUAUGGGUAAAAUCCACUUAUUGCCUUAACCCUUUGAGAUAUUGCUUUGAAACUUUUAAUGCUAUUUCACAUCAUUACCCCCAUCUGUACGCAAGAGAAGGUAACUCUGUCAAGGAUUUGUUUUAAAAAUUAAGGCCUUUUAUCGACUUAGAAUCUUGGUUAAGUUUUUAGUACCAGUCCACUUUUUGACUGAACUGUUUGAGAUAUUAAUUUGAAAGUUGGAAUACUUGUUUACAAUCAUGAUUCCCAAACAUGUCCAGGAGAAGGUAAUUCUGUCAAAGAUUUUAUUUGAAUUAUGGCCCUUAACUGUCAAUGUUUUGUAUUAUAGGCAAGCACUAAAAAACUUAAAAAAUCUAAAAAAAUUCAUUCCUAUCCACUUGUUCACUUUACCAUAAAUUAUGUCAUAAUAAAAUAAUUCUUCACUAAAUAUCUUAAUGCUCAUGGCCAUUGUUCACUUUAAAAAUACAGAGAUUCUUGUAUUGCCUUUUACUGCAAAAACUUUUUUUAUUGGCAAGCAAUAAAAAAGUCGAGCGCGCUGUCUUACGGACAGCUCUUGUUUAAAUAACUUCUUUAUUUCCUGAUGUAUCUACUUCAAACUUCAUAUAUAUGUUUCUUAUUAUCACUCAACAUUUUUGAGAAGGUUAAAUACUCUAGCAAGACUAUUUCCAGCAUUAUGUCCCUCUUGAACUUAGAUUUUUUUCGAGAAACUGGUAUUUUCACUCCAACUUCUUUAAUCCUUAUAGGAUUUACUUUAAAAUCCCACAUCGUAAUAAUAUGACAAGGUUGUAUAAACAUAAUUUCCUUACUAAGCAUGGAAACUUAACACAUUACUGUGAUAUAGACAAACUUAUUUUAUUAUGUUUUGUGGUCGAUAUUUUCAAAUACAGACUUCAUCCUCAAAUUCAUUAUAAAUGGCAAUACACAGGAGUGUAUGACAAUUAAAGAACUUUUUGAGGGACCGGUAGGGGACUACUGUAUUGCCCGCAAUACUAUCAAAUGCUUGUUUUAUAUGAUAUAAGGUGUUUUGAUUGUAUAUAUGAGUGCCUGUGCAAGUGUGUGUCUGUGUGAGUUUACAUUGCUCACAUGGGUGUGUGUAUGAGUGAUUUUGGUCUUUAUAAUGAUCUACAAUUACUGUUAGAUCUGUUUCUUUAUUUGCCUAGAAUUGUUUGUGCCAUAUACAUCUAGCGACUUUUAAUGUGGUUUGAGUCGUUAUUUGUUUUUUUAAUGAUAUAUGAUUAAAUGUUUGUUUAUUCUUAUGGUGCUAGGUUUAUGUUAACUGCAUAUACAUACAUGAAAGCACACAUUUUACAGUAUAUAAUUUAACAGGCUAUUUACUUUAGUUGUCAUACAUUUAUUUAUUGUUUAAUCCCCUUCUACAAAGAGGGGAGCAAAUUAUAGGAAUGGCCUCUGUCUGUCAAUCCAUAACACUUUCAUUUCCGCUCCAUAACUUUUAAACCGCUGAAAUUUUUUUGAAAUAACUUGGCACAAGUGUCACCAUUCUGGGAUGAUGUGCAGAGCACAAUAUCUUGGUUGUUACCCACAAGGUCAAGAUCACACUUAAAGGUCAAGUGUUAAAAAGUCUACAUUUCUUUUCCUCCCUUGAACUUUUAAACCACUGUAAAAAAUUUGAAAUAACUUAGAACAAGUGAUCACCAGUAUGACACCAUGUGCAGAAUACAACAAUCAAGUCACUACCUUUAAGGUCCGGGGUACACUCAAAACAUCUAUAUUUCAUGUCCACUCUGUAGCUUACUGAUAAUUCAAAGGUUUUUAAAUUACUUCCCACCAAUGAUUCCAUCAUGACAAAAUAUGCAGAGGGCAACAUCAAGGCUGCUACCCCCAAGUUACAUCCAUGUUGCUACCCCCAAGGUCAAGGUUAUAUGUUUUCCAUAAUUGUUUGACUUUAUGGAAUAUUUUU